AUGCUUCCUCGUAGUGCCAAUACAGCUGUGUUCGCCCGUCUGUUGCGCUCCGCGCCACAGCCGCGGCCAUUCUCCACCUCUGCUUCAUCCAGAGCUGCCGUGUCUUCGUCUUCUUUGCCUGCUAAGAAGCCUGUUGGUGCAUUUCGGGGAGGGGUAUUCGGUUUUCUCGCUGGCACCGUCGCCUCCGGCGUGUGCAUUUGGUACUACUUUUUGGGCGAUUACAGGCUCUCUAACGAAAUUCUAACGGAUGAUAUCUAUGCCCUUCAAAAGUCAACAGAAAAGCUUCAGGGCUACGUUAAAGAGCUGGAGGCGAAGGCGGAUCAAUUGCAGAAGAAGAAAUGA